CCUUCGUCGCGUGUGCGAGGCCCACACUGCCUGCUGUGGGCUGAGGCGGUAGCCGGCGAGUACCUGUGCUGCGCUUCAUGAUUUUCUGCCGUUUCUUUGCAAAAAUGGCAACCAGUGAUGCUGUUCUGAAGAGACUGGAGCAGAAGGGUGCAGAGGCAGAUCAAAUUAUUGAAUUUCUUAAACAGCAAGUUGCUCUUCUUAAGGAGAAAGCAAUCUUGCAGGCAACUUUGAGAGAAGAGAAGAAACUUCGAGUUGAAAAUGCCAAAUUGAAGAAAGAAAUUGAAGAAUUAAAACAAGAGCUAAUUCAGGCAGAAAUUCAAAAUGGAGUGAAACAAAUACCAUUCCCAUCUGAUACUCCAAUGCAAGCUAGUUCUAUGGCUUCUACAAAUGUAAUGCAGUCUGUUCCAGUAACAACCAUAUCUGCUGGUACCAAAGAACAGAUAAAAGGAGGAGGAAGAGGAGAAGAAAAGAAGGUGAAAGAGAAAACUGAAAAGAAAGGAGAGAAAAAGGAGAAAAAACAGCAGUCAGUAGCAGGAAGUGCUGACACUAAGCCAGUAGAUGUUUCUCGUCUGGAUCUUCGCAUUGGUUGUAUCAUCACUGCCAAAAAGCACCCUGAUGCAGAUUCUUUGUAUGUAGAAGAAGUGGAUGUUGGAGAAACAGCCCCAAGAACAGUCGUCAGUGGUCUGGUGAAUCAUGUUCCUCUUGAACAGAUGCAAAAUCGGAUGGUGGUUUUACUUUGUAACUUGAAACCUGCGAAAAUGAGGGGAGUGCUUUCUCAAGCAAUGGUGAUGUGUGCUAGUUCCCCAGAGAAAGUGGAAAUCUUGGCCCCUCCUCAUGGGGCUGUCCCUGGAGACAGAAUUACUUUUGAUGCUUUCCCUGGAGAGCCUGACAAGGAGCUGAAUCCUAAGAAGAAGAUCUGGGAGCAGAUCCAGCCUGAUCUUCACACUAAUGAUGACUGUGUGGCUACAUACAAGGGAGCGCCCUUCGAGGUGAAAGGGAAGGGAGUGUGCAGGGCUCAGACUAUGAACAACAGUGGAAUAAAAUAAAGUAAAAUACUUCAGCUACUGAAAUAAUAAUAAAAAGAAAUAUGCUGGUCAAUUGUUAACCUAAGAUAUAACUGGCUCAUUUUGUGUUAUUUCUCUUCUAGACUUGACUAACCUUUCAAACCUGGUAUUUGUUGUUUUCAACUGAUUGGAGAAACACUACAUUUUCACCUUUCUCAUUUGGGAGGAAAUUGCCUUUUUUAAGAUGAUUUAUUUCUUAGCAUGGGUGUAGAUUAACAGAUUGUAUUUUUUCUUUUUACAUUUAGAUAGCUUGAAGUAGGUAAGCAUUUAGUGUCUCAUUUGUAGGCAUAUGAUGCAUGAAAUGUCAAGCCUUUGGAUUUUUAGUACAGUGUGUAUCUGUAUUAUAAAUGCCCUAUCCUCUUCAACAAUGACAAGUUAGAAUUUGAUCAGGUUUAUUAAUUAGUCAUGUUUUAAUAGCAUUGAAAAUGACCAGGUAUUGAGUCUAGAGAGCCAGACAUCCUAGAAACUAGAAGACAUGGCAUGUGAACUUUAUUGCUCUUGUUGCCAGAGUCAUCCAGGCAUUUAUAUGUAGGGUGACCUUUCCACAGCACUUAAGUUUCCAACUGUGCGUUGAACUUUUUCUUUCCAUUUAGCAAAGUAAUUAGUAAUGAAUUAUGACAAUGGCAUAAAUGCACUGCCUGGUGUUGCCAGUGACAUUUCCAGUGAAUUGACAGUGAAAAUAGCAGUUUGUAUUUUUCACUAUAGCUGAUUUACAGAUUCUUUGGGUACC